UCGCCAAAAGGAAAGACGGACCUGGGGGGCAGAUGGAGGUGCGCCUGGCAUUGAAAGCAGUCGGUUUCAUUGCUCUGGAUGUGGUGGGAAUCCCAGGUAAUCUGGCAGUCCUGCUGCUCUUCUGCCAUUUAUUCUAUGCACAGGGAAGCAUGCCGCACAACGAGUUCAUUCUCAGCCAGCUGGUCUUCACCAACCUGAUGGUGACGCUGUGCCGGGGUAUUCCUCAAGCUCUGACUGCCCUGGGCAUUAACCCGCUGUUCAGCAACAAUGUCUGCAAAACAAUCAUCUUCACCUACCGCAUUGGUCGUGCCAUGUCCAUCACCAUCACCUCCCUGCUGAGCUCCUACCAGUGUGUGGUCAUUGCCCCACCCAAACCUGGCUGGACCUGGCUGAAACGCUGGGUACCUGGUCACCUCCCCCAUGCCAUCAUCUUCCUCUACGGGCUCAACAUGAUUAUCUGCCCUGCUGCCAUCAUCUUUACAGAGGCUUUUCCCACCAACAGCACCAUUCCAGAGUUCACCCUUAACCUGGAGUUCUGCAUUGUGGUUUUCCCAGGCCACAUGGCUUACGUUGUCAAUGGUGUGGUGUUCAUCAUCCGAGACUUUGUAUUUGUCGGCCUGAUGGCGGCAGCGGCAGUGUACGUGAUGCUAGUCCUGCAUCGGCACCGUCAGCAGGUUCAGGGCCUGCAGGGGGCCGGCCGAAAGACAGAGGAGGCAUCGCGUGCCGUCCUGCUGCUCGUGAGCACGUAUGUGUUGCUGUUCGGCUUGGACAACGUGUUGUGGUUCUACACGCUCUCUGUCUCCCGCGUGCAUCCGGCCGUCUCAGACACACGUGUCUUCUUCGCCUCCUGUUACUCCGCCAUAAGUCCUGUGCUCAUCGUUGCCACCAACAGGAAGCUGGCCACCUACUUUCAGUGUGGCUCCAAACGCAAGACUGCAGAGAACGUUCCCAGCAGCACGAAGUCCGACAUAUCUCAGGUGCCACCAACACAAUGAGGAUGAAAAGUAGAAAUUUGGGAGGUAGGGAGGGCAAAUGAUUGUCUUUGAUACUGAUGUGGCACAACAUUUAGUUAAAUAAUAAAAAGAAUGUUUGAAUAAAUGGGAAAUACAUUUCAACAGAAGAAUGUGGUGAUUUUCGGUUUUACUUUACCAGUUGCAGCUACACGUUUGUUUCUUUUUUUAAUAAGUGAUUUGAUUAAUGUGUAUUGUCUGUGCUUAUUUUAUUAAAAUAAAAAUUUCUACUACUAUUAGUGUACACAUUGGUAGUAGUAGAAAGUGGGAGUGAGAGAUCAUUAACCACUCCAGUAAAUAGACGUGCUGAUUCACUAUAGAACAGCCCAUGCACUACGGCCUCACUGAUAGGUGUUACAGAUGCAUCAUUACAUCCUGUGUGCAUGUCUAGGUGUAUCAGACGUGUUCAAAGCUUUCAAAUGGUAUAAAAAUGCAACCAAUGGAAGUCUUGGGGUUUAUAUUCACACUCCUGAUUUCAGAGUGCAUAUUGUAAAGCUAGUAUAGCCUUUGACCCUUCCAUUAGUUUAAUA